UAUUAAGAACGCGGCUCUCUUCGUAAACUUGAUCAGAGAGAAAGAACCAGGGUUGAGAAAAUACGAAGGAGAAGCGCAGGCUGACACAAUCCCUAUACUCCAUAACCGAUAUCCACAUCUAAACAGACAGAAAAACCCAUCGAUUAAUCGGGUUUUUUAUGUAAUGCUGAUUCUACUCCACUUCUGUCUCACUUCCCGGUGAGAUUUUGCCGGCGGCGGUGAAGGCGAACCUAUAUGGGUUCAAACACAAUCGUCGCUGGCGGCGGCCAUUGCGUGAUGACAUCGACCUUCGUUUUCUUCAUUGUAUCGUUUACGCUUCUGGGUUCGAUUGCUACGCUUUAUGCAUGGCUAAUUUUAACCCCUCCUGUCCGUACAGUUACUCCUUCGUUUGGUUGUCAAGAGGAUAAUGAGGGUUCUUGGUCAAUCGGUGUCUUCUAUGGAGAUUCCCCUUUCUCCUUACAACCUAUUGAAAAUGUGAACAUAUGGAAGGAGGAUGCUAAGGCAUGGCCUGUUGCUAACCCUAUUAUAACUUGUGCUUCUCUUACAGAUGCUGGUUUCCCCAGUAAUUUUGUUGCUGACCCUUUUCUUUAUACUAAGGGCGAUGAACUGUAUGUAUUCUUCGAGACAAAGAAUACGAUCACCAUGCAAGGAGAUAUAGCAGUUGCAAAAAGUACAGACAAGGGUGCAACUUGGCAACCGCUUGGAAUUGCCUUGGAUGAAGAAUGGCACGUCUCUUAUCCAUAUGUCUUCGCCUACGAUAACGAAAUAUACAUGAUGCCCGAGGGAAGUGCUAAGGGAGACCUUCGUCUAUAUCGAGCUAUAGAAUUUCCUUUAAGAUGGAAGAUGGAAAGAGUAAUCAUGAAAAGGCCUCUUGUUGAUUCUUCCAUAGUUGAGCAUGAAGGGAAGUAUUGGCUCUUUGGUUCGGAUCAUAGUGGUAUUGGUACUAAGAAGAAUGGACACCUUGGGAUUUGGUAUAGUAAUUCUCCUAUUGGUCCUUGGAGACCGCAUAAGAGAAACCCCAUCUAUAAUACUGACAAGAGUAUGGGGGCUCGAAAUGGAGGUCGCCCGUUUACACAUGAAGGGAAGCUAUAUCGGUUAGGCCAAGAUUGUGGCGAGACAUAUGGUAAACGUUUACGCCUCUUUCAAGUGGAUGUUCUUACUGCCGAGGAGUAUAAAGAGAUGGAAGUUCCCUUUGAUUUGAUAAUGCCAACUAAAGGUAGGAAUGCGUGGAAUGGAGCUCGUUACCAUCAUCUAGAUGUGCAGAAGCUUCCGUCUGGGGAGUGGAUAGGAAUCGCGGAUGGUGAUCGCGUUCCCUCGGGUGAUCUUGUUCGUCGGUUUGUUCUCGGGUGUUCCUCACUUAUGGCGUUAGUUUUCAUAGUUGUAUUGAUUGGGGUAUUGUUCGGUAUUGUUAAAUGCGUUGUCCCGUUAAGUUGGUGUCCUCAUAAUAUGGAGAAGAGGAGUGACUCUUUCUUGGAUUUGGAGAAAUCAAAAUUCUAUUCUUCGAGAGUAAGGAAGCUUUGUACCCGAUUCAACCGGGCCAUCUCCUUUCUGCAGAGUCGUAUCCGACUGAACUCCUGCGCGGGGAAGUUUGUCCUCGUAGCUGUGUUUCUUAUUGGAGUUUCGCUCGCGAUAACUUCGGUUAGGCAAAUCUACGGAGGGAAUGGCGCGGAAGAGCCAUACCCGUUGAACGGUCUAUACUCGCAAUUCACUAUGUUAACGAUGACAUACGAUGCCCGUCUAUGGAAUCUAAAGAUGUACGUGAAGCAUUACUCUAGAUGCUCUUCGGUAAAGGAGAUAGUCGUGGUAUGGAACAAAGGAAAUCCUCCAAAACCGAGCGAGUUCGAUUCCGUUGUGCCGGUUAGGAUCAGAGUCGAGGAGAGGAACUCGCUUAACAACCGAUUCAAAAUGGACAAUGAGAUAAAAACCCGAGGGGUACUCGAGCUGGACGAUGACAUCAUGAUGCCUUGUGGUGACAUCGAACGUGGUUUUAAGGUUUGGCGAGAGCAUCCCGAACGUAUUGUAGGGUUCUACCCGAGGCUAGUAGAUGGGAUUACUACCCAACUAAAGUAUAGAGGCGAGAAGCAUGCUCGGUCGGGUAAAGGGUACAACAUGAUCUUAACGGGCGCAGCAUUCAUAGACAGUCGUAAGGCGUUCGAGAGGUAUUGGAGCGAAGAAGCGAAAGUUGGUAGAGAAUUUGUGGACAAGAAUUUCAACUGCGAGGAUAUUCUUUUGAAUUAUUUGUACGCAAAUGGAAGCAAGUUUUCGACGGUGGAGUAUGUGAGACCAACAUGGGCCAUAGAUACGUCUAAAUUCUCUAACGUGGCGAUUAGUCGGAACACAGACGAGCAUUAUCGGGUGAGAAGUAAUUGUCUCGAGAGGUUUGCGGAGGCGUAUGGGAGUUUAUCGAGGAGGAAGUCGGAGUUCAGUGGAAGGGAAGAUGGAUGGGAUUUGUAAUUGUGGAAGGGCAAUGGGAAAGGGCAGGUUAAUUAAGUUGAAUCUUUUUUCUUUCCUAAAUUAUUAGUACAUGAUAUUUAGUUUUUAAGGUAUUUGUUCUUGCUCCUCAUGUUGUCAAUGUUUCUUUGUUUGGAGGAAGGGGCUAAUCUUCAUAGGAUUUUGGUUUGUUUGGUUGGUUGGUAAACUGUAUAUUAUUAUUAUUGCUUCUUAAAAAGGUUUAUCUGCUUUUGGAGAAGGCUUAUGUUGUUUGAGUUAAUAUAUGAUGCUGCAAGUUAGAGUUGAA